AACUCGCACGCUAACUGCCAUCAAGUCGCAAGACUACAGAAGUUAAUGAACCCUUUCGCUAGCCCAGUGUCGCUGAACAUGCAAGGCCAAUACAACACGCUAAACACCCACAAGUAUUCUGUUAUUCUACCAACAUACAAUGAGCGCAAGAACCUCCCGAUAAUCAUCUGGUUGCUAGCAAAGGUCUUUGAGGAACAGCAGCUUGCAUGGGAAAUCAUCAUCGUGGAUGAUGCGAGUCCGGAUGGGACACAAGAAGUAGCCGUUGAGCUGGCAAGGGCUUACGGCGAGGAAAAAAUACUUCUCAGACCACGGGCAGGGAAGCUUGGACUCGGGACUGCAUACAUCCAUGGACUCGAUUUUUGCACUGGUGACUUUGUGAUAAUAAUGGACGCCGACUUUUCGCAUCAUCCCAAGUUCAUCCCGCAAUUCAUAAGAUUACAACAAGCACAUAACCUUGACAUUGUCACGGGAACGCGAUAUCGUUCAACAUCAACUCCUUACCUCGCUGAUACUCAACCUGGUGGCGUGCACGGCUGGGACCUGAAGCGCAAACUUGUUUCACGAGGGGCAAACUUUCUGGCUGCUACUGUGCUCAACCCUGGCGUGAGCGACCUAACAGGCAGUUUCAGACUGUACCGGCUGCCUGUUCUUCGGCAUAUCAUUACACUAACACAGUCCAGGGGGUAUGUGUUCCAGAUGGAGAUGAUGGUAAGGGCACGGGCGUUGGAGUACACCGUUGGCGAAGUGCCGAUCACUUUUGUGGAUCGGAUAUUUGGGGAAAGCAAGCUCGGUGCGGACGAGAUUGUGGGAUAUUUAAAGGGUGUGUGGCAGCUGUUCAAGUCAGUUUAAAAGUACUAUGAACUUGGGUGUCAGGCUUGAUUAUAAUUUACGGUAGUUGGUCUGUUUUAAAUUCAUUGGAGUCCUUUGGCCUUGUGGCCGCCCUUACAUAACUGUGACUCAGAGGUUGUAAUCGAUUAGGUGACAUCAUGAUUCCAUCUUAGUCAGCCUG